UCGUUCAAUAUGCCUAAUGUUGCUAUCACCAGGACAGACAUUGCUGCACAACGGAGAGUUUGCUGCUACACCGACUUUUUAUCCACUCAACCUGGAUUAUGUAAACUCGGAGAACUGGUGUUUGGAGGUAUCUGCGUUGGUUUGAUGAUCACCUAUGGUACUCCGGUUUGGUUGACACUGGGCCUGGCGUAUCCACUUUUCUUGGUGAACUCUUCAGCAGCUUUACUCUUCACCUCGAUCAGCCUCUUUUGUUAUAUCAUUUCUGAGCACUCAUACAGAGUCAUCAGGACAACUAUUCUUGAACUAGUCCAGAAUGGCGUGGCGGCCAUUUUAUAUGCUGUUGCUUCUGCGUUUCUCAUCAUGCAUACUUCCUUCUUUUUGUGGCCAAUGUACAUUAUCAUUCCAUAUUUCCAGGCUUAUCCAGCCCUAAUGACGGCAGGGGUUUUCGGAUGUUUGAGUGCUGGCAUUCAUGCAAUCGAUUGCUACUUUGCUUACCGAACAUUCAAAAGUUUUCGUUGAAGAGGACUCCAUGAGAAAAGUAG